CUAGUUAUUGUUAUCUGUACUAUACUAUACUACUGUAUUGUUUGUUCGGUUGAUCUUUCACAAUUACAACCAAAUAUUUUAGAAAUAGUAAGCAUACCUGUUUUUAUUUUGAAAUGGCAGAUUCAACAGUUAUAGAUGUUGGCAAAAUGAAGGUAGUAGAACUACGAAAAGAACUAAAAUCACGAGGUUUGUCACAUGCAGGCGAUAAAGCCGAAUUAGUAGCACGGCUCCAAGCGGCUAUGUCUCAGGAUGACAUCAAUUUGGAUUGGGAGGAUUUGGAUUCGGACAGUGUUCUUGAAGACGAAGAUGAAAAAAGCCAAACCGAUAUUCUUGACGAACCAGUCGUUGAAAAUGCGGUUAGUGAUGAUGCUUUAGUAGAGCAGCCGCCACCGUCGAAACCCGUAAACGAAACUAAACAACAGCAAAGAACGCUUAAAAGAAAAAUUGUAGUGUCAGAAGCAGAUAAGGACAACAUAAAAUCAGCGGAAAAUAAGGAUAUUACAAAGAAGAUUAUUCUUAAUAGAGCUGUAACAUCAGUGACAAAACCUGCAGAAGAAAAAGUACAAGAAAAACCUGAAGAGAAAAGUGUUUCCACAGAAAGUAAUGUAGUUAAAAUAACAGCAGACUUAGAUCUCAAAACUAGAUUGGAAAUGAGAGCUAAGAGAUUUGGACUUCCUGUCCAAAUGACUGAAGCAGAGAGAAAGGAAGCCAGGAAACAAAGAUUUAAUCAAAACACAAUGGCUACAAGUACUAUUAAGGAGAGUUUGCCAGGAUCACUAAAUGAGAAUCUUUUGAAACUUAAAAAAAGAGCAGAAAGGUUUGGGCAAAGUGUAUCUAAAAUUAUGACAGAUAUUGAAAACAAGGAGAAACUUGAGAAACGUAAAGAAAAGUUUAGAACUGUAAAGUAGAUUAUUUAUAACAUCCUUAAGCUGCUCCAUAUUGUAUAUACAACAUAAUUCCAAUUACAAUAUCUACUUAGAAAUUGAAGUUUCUGAUCUAUUACCCUAAUAAUGUUACAAAUAUUGACAGCCCAUAAAUUCUAUAUUAAUACUGCUGUUAAUGGCUUAAUCCAUUAUGAAUCUCAUCAUCAAGCUUAUUUGGACUACAAACUGUAUAAAUAGAGUGGUGGUCACUUUUUAAAUGUGAAGUGAAAAACAGCCAGUUCAGUAGAAGCUAGUAUUUUGGCAGUGUCAGCAUAGUCAUGAAAAAAUAACAGCACAUGGUUGUGCUUUUUGUGUUCUUUAUUAUUCUUGACUUAAUUUUGAUCAAUAUAUGACAUUGAAUAAUGUUGUAAAAUAAAUGUAUAAUGAUGAAA